GACUCGCUUUAGGGAUAUGAAGAAUUAGAGUGAAUAAGUUCGUAUAAAUCUACUCCAUCUUUUAACAUGACACAAUGCUAUCAAGAACUUGUUCAGUACAUUUUAACCGUGGCCUGGUCUAAAAAUCGCUACGAAGGGACAUUGUGAUUUCCGAGUAAUGUUCUUGAUCAUUUGAAAAUGUGAACAUUGGCAGAGAUUUAAAGAAAUAAACUUUAGUUAUCUCUUCAAUAAUUAUUGUCAGUGUGUUCUUCUAGAAAUGUCUCAAACUGUUCCCCAUCAUCACAGAGUGACACUGCUAUUUUGGAGCCUCUGAUGUUUGGAUAAAAUGCCUGAAAAAUGAGACCUGGCCAGGUGGGACUGAACUGGAGAUGUUGGCUGACAUGGACAACACCGGCAGCUAUGACAGCGUUGUCAGCGGACAAUCUGCUUUCAGCGAUGAUAGUCUGGAGCAUUUGUCUGCCGAGGAGAAAGCCUGCCUUAUGUUUUUGGAAGAGACCAUCGAGUCUCUGGACACCGAGGACGACAGCGGACUCGCCAACGACGAAGUGGACCUCUUACCUGACCCUGGCUGCUUGGCUUCUCGACUAGCGCAUCUAUCAGCCUCCAUGAGCAAAAGCAAGCUCAAUGGUCUGCAAAAGCACAAUGCUUUGGAAACCAUCAGGGAGAAAGUGGAGAACAAAGCCAUCCAGAACUAUCUCGUACCAACACCUUUUGUUUUGGCGAGCGGCUCCAAUUGUUGUGAACCAAGCGUGAAAGCUGGAAUUCAACUAAACAAGAAAUCGCUUUCAUUGAGCCAAAAGCCUGCCGGUGUUCACGAGGUCAACGCUAUGAAACCUCCCGCAAGCAAAGCCAAAGACCACUUUGUGAAGACAGGCGAAAGGGGACCUUUAUCCUACGAUGCACUUGUCUACCUGCGGAGGAGCGCCUCCACAAAGAAAACACCUUUAUGUCCCACAGUUGAUCACACCAUAGGUCCUCCUGUCAUCAUAGAAGAUCCAAAAACUGGAAAUGUGGGAAGGCUUGACAGAGCCAUCUCCAAGGUGAGCAGAUUUAUGGCAGGCCCGCCACCUGUUGUACCGAAACUCCCCAAAAUGUCUUCACAUAUCUCCGCGAAGAGAGAAAAGGAAGCGACCCCCGCCCCCAACUCCUCGUACAGUCUCAAGAACGCGACAGAUCCCAAAGUGGUGAGACGGGAAGCUUUGCAAAAGUUAGGCCUCCUCAAAGACCAACGCUCAGAAACUACCCAACUGGAGCUCCCAAAGUCUUAUUUGUCUGCGGGCAACGGAUUUUCAAAACGACUCACAAAUGUAAGUCCGUUGAGAAGUCCGUCUUUUUGCCAGGCUCCGGCACCCGGUCCUGGGCCUAGGAACAAGGGGCUGCAGAGCAGUGCUAGUUUCCACCACGACUCCAGGGCCACCUCGCUUUCUCAUCCCAACCAACUCAACAGAUUGAAGGUGGCCAGUCCAGAGCAACCUACUGUCUUGGUCAAGCACAAAAAUGACAUGAACCAUUCAGAACUAAAAAGUGUCAUUGAGGAUCCGCCAGUCGCCCCCAAAGCCUCAGAUUGUGUGACGUACACAGUAAUGAUGGUGCCUGGAAUGGACGCCGACAGAAAAGAGGCGCUCAGGAAGUUGGGACUGCUCAAGGACAAGUAAGCAGAGCAGUCGACUUCCUGAGUCAAAAGAGGCCACGUGGUAAGAAUGAAGAUGAUGAAGAACUUAAAGGAGCAGCUCUUUCCAUCGGAGGUCCAGCGGUCAGUAUGUGAUGUGUGUAGCCCGCUUCAUGGCUUUCAAAAGUACAAAGAUCAUUUCUAUCCUUUUUUCACACACCAACAAGAACAUUAAAACACUUGACAGCAGCCA